GGAAGAUUCACCGCGAUCUGGGAAAGUCUCAUCGCGGAUAAUCGUCGAUCGUCGAGCGACGUUACCGCCAGGAUGGACGAAAUUCUGGAGGAAGGAUUCAACUGAUACGCGUCUAAGCUGGGGAUCCUGGAAAACUGUGCGACCGGCCAAAGGGCCGGUUAGAAACAGUACCUCUUCUUGUUCGCAAAGAGGAUCAAGAAGUCUUAUCGUACUUGCUACCUAGACAAAGAAAAAGAAUCCAGAAGAGAAAAGAGACGACAGAGUGGAAGGAAAAUAAGAAGGGAAACAGAAGAUCGUUUCACAGGAAACGUGGUCCGGAAGAUAAGUUAACUUGGAAAUGUCGAGCAUAGGCAGGAAGAUGAAAUCUCGGGCGAGAUGUUCAAAGAUCUCGUGAUUGGUGUCAGUGCCUGACCGAGGUGGUAAGGUCGAUUACGAAGAUCGACCGUGAUGGAGGCAAGAGCGAAUGAAUCGUUCGUGAGGUCGAUCCUUCGAAAUCUUUCGCUGACCCGCGAGCAUCGGCACCUAGACGAGCCGCCUGGAGGAGAAGUGGCUACAAACGCCAUCGAUGUUGUCGCCACGACCGUGCAAGAGGAGAAGAUGGUGGACUUUCUGGGCGAUGCCCUUGCGGGGAAUGAUAGUGACGUUGAUGGCGACGGAUCCGGUUGGUUCAAUGACUCGACGAUCGCCACCUUCUCGACUCUGUCCGCCUCCUCGUCGUUCGCAGACUCCACGUCGUCAUACUCUACGAGCGUUGACAACUAUACCGGUAGCGUAUCCGACCUCUUCGCCUUCGACGACCUGAGUGAUUAUAUCAAUCGACUGAACUACAGCGUUCUCGUGAAUCUGACGGCCUACUACGACGGCGGCACAGAUCUGAAUCUUAGUAGCGUUAAUUGCACGUCGUCGAUAGUCGCCGGGGGAACCGUUAGGCUGGGCGAGUGCGAGACUGCCGGCGUCGACGAGAAGUCUAUCGUUUGGCGGUCGCCGAUCUCCUCGUAG